GUUCAUCCUUCUGGAACCUUCGCUCAAGGUAACAAGUGCUUCCGUGGCGGGCUAGUUUGCACUAUUAUCUCGUGAGGUUAGUGACAAGCUCUUCGAGUGCAUAAUGUUGGUCACUGUAACUUGUUUACGUCGUACUCAUCAUGUCUUGAAGUUGGCUAACCAAAUACACAAUUCAGCACCUUUGGUUAAGCCAUCUAUAUCGAAGCAGCUUGUCCGGUCGUUUCGGAUAUUUCCGGCGGUCAAUAGUUCUGUGCGCCGACGUGUUGGACGUAUUAAUUUAAAAUCCCAGGCUCCAGAAUCUGAGGAUUUAAUCGCUAUCGACAAAACGCGAGCUUUGGUGGGUGCAGCUGCUGCAGUCGGCAUUGGUGGUCUUUGUAUUUAUGGUUUGACCGCGAAAGAUGGUUCGCUUUCAGCUUUCGAUCAAUCAGUUGUAUGGCCUGAUUAUGUAAGACAACGUAUUCGAGCAACAUAUAGUUACUUACUGAGUGGUGCCGCCAUAGCAGCCGGUUCAGCGGUUGCUUUCUUCCGGUCUCCAGCUAUGUGUCGUUUAAUGCUUAGUGGUGGAUGGCUUGCUCCUAUUGGGAUGGCAGUAUUAAGCAUGGCUACAGGAAUUAUUUGUCAGUCAAUUCCAUAUCCACAGUCUGGUUUGAGUGCUAAGCACUUGGUAUGGAUCGCAUAUUCUGUUAGUUUGGGUGGGAUGCUGAUGCCACUCUGUUUGGUUGGUGGACCGAUUCUUACACAGGCUGCUCUGUACACUGGAGGCAUAGUCGGUGGUCUUUCUUUAGUUGCAGCGACGGCCCCAUCAGAUCGUUUUCUCAAGUGGGGAGGUCCUUUGGCGAUUGGUUUGGGAGUUGUUGUUGUAUCAUCUCUUGGUUCGAUGUUUUUAUCACCUGUCAGUCGUUUGGGAUCUGGUCUUGCGUCUAUAAGUCUGUAUGGUGGUCUUCUUUUGUUUUCUGGAUUUUUACUGUACGACACACAACAUGUGAUAAAGCGAGCAGAGUCACAUCCACCUCCGAACUUCUACCCACCUGCUUUGUCUAAUCAGAAGGGUUUUCAGCAUCCAGAUGCUUUGAGGCCAUUUGAUCCAAUUAACAGUUCCAUUCGGAUUUUAUUGGAUGCUGUGAAUAUUUUUGUUCGUAUGGCAGUAAUACUUUCUGGUGGCGGACAGCGUAGAAAAUAAACUUCAGUUAUUUUAUUAGUGCAGAUGCAGGUACAUUAGAUAUAACGUAACAACACUAUCCAUUGUGAUGUGGUAAAAUGAUUUGAUUCAUUGUUUGCGUUUAUUACCAUUUACGUCACUACACCUAAUAAAAUAAGUGUCAUUCU